AUGGAGCAGACGAAACCAAUUGAUGUUUAUCGUCAUGGAAAAGACGUGGUGGAUUUUGCGCCAUUUGAACACAAGCACAUAGGGGAUAAAGUCUGCAUCACAUCCGAAAAUAUGGGCAGACUAAACAGCCUCAAGCUUCCCAAUGGUUUGGUGUUAUCUUUAGGGCAAAUUAUAGCACUAGCGGGAGAUUUCUAUGGUGUACCCACGCAGCCGAUUAUCGAUCCCUCCAAUCAGACUAACGAUGAUCGUUAUAGGCGCUUUAUUGACGCUUACAACUCGCUGGCACGAGAGCCAAAGGAAAAGUUGCAGCCAGAGUUGAACAAACUUUUGGCUGCACUGGAGCACGAGACCCGUAACCUCAAGAGCCUCAAAGAUAAAUUGUGGGAUAAAAUCACUGGGGGUAAAUGGAUUUGGUUUCUGCCGGUGAAACACGGACGCAUGUUGAAGUUAGCUAAAACUAAUCACGACCAUUUUCUUCCCUACGCCAAAGAAGCCUAUCUAACGGGUCACAAGCUGGCAAUGGACAAAGCUAGAGAGGCGAGUAAUAAAACGAACGCUGAAGAAAAGGAGAAUCUGCUACACGAAGCCUUAUCACUAGAUGGGUUUGCCUGCCAUUUCCUGACUGACAGCUUCUCGAGUGGACACAUUCGGUAUAAAUCACCAUUCUUAUUAUCAUUAUCGUGAUCGCUAUGCUGUUCUUAUUGAAUUUCUCGUUGUCAUCUAUGUAUGUAAUGGGUAUUGUUCAUGUUUUGGUUUUGUCAACAGUCUCUUCAGAUUUUUGUUUGAAUAAAGUACAAGAAGAAAGGAAAAGAAAGUAUUGCUUAAAUGAAAUUCUGUUUUCAGGACACCGAGAGAUGUCUUGGCAAGGGAAAUUAAUCCACGCAAUCUUGGUCAUUACUUGAGCAAGUGUAUGCACGACGAAGAUGGAAAAAUGGGCCUCCGUGUGGCAAAUAAAAGAGGAGAUGGGUGGGCAGCAUUCGGAGAUGGACUGCUUCUCAAUGAAGAAAACAAACAAAACCUAAAGUUUGUGAUCGAGGCUGUUGGGAAGUCAAUUGACCAAGUGUUUGAAGCUUACAAUUAUCCGAGUAGAGAUCUUAAUACCGCUGUAGUCACCGACAUCAUCCCAAUUCUUGACGAAGAAGGUAAAAAUCAUGCCCCUCUGUUCCAAGUAAAGGAUGGAAAAGUGUAUUCGAGGUCCAUACUAAGCUUCUUUAAGCAGAAGGUCGCGGCUACGAAACGAAAGGAUGCGGUAACAUCUCUCAAGAUGCGAAGUUUAACAUUAUGA